CAAUGAAAGACGUGCAGGGAGUUCUGGCCAAGAAGCAAGGUUUACCUUGCGAUAUUACACCGAGAGAUCGAGACGACGCCGUUGCCAUGGUUUUGUGGUUUAAAGAAAGCAUCGGAGAACCUCUUUACAGUUUUGAUGUACGAAGUCGUCAGUUUAAUCAAGCAAAAUUAUGGUCAUCUCCAGCCGUUUUUGGCCCAAGAGCGUAUUUCCGUUCAACAACAAAUCCGGCAACUUUACUAAUUAGUGAAAUUCAACUUUCCGAUGAAGGGAUUUACAGAUGUAGAGUUGAUUUCAGAAAUUCACCUACUAGGAACAGUAAAGUCAAUUUUACGGUAAUUGUCCCUCCUAAUAGACCUGUUAUAUAUGAUGGGAAAAGAAGAGAUAGAACCACCUUAUUAGAAGCUUACAACGAAGGUUCGGACGUUAAUCUUAUCUGUGAAGCCAAUGGAGGGCGCCCCAGGCCGAACGUGACGUGGUAUUCCGAAAAUACUUUAAUAGAUGAUUCUUUCGAAUUUAGGCCCGAUGGGGUAGUAGUCAAUCAUUUAAAUUUUCCCAAUGUUGGCCGCCAACACUUGAACACAAGACUGAUUUGCCAGGCGUCCAACACCAUUCUCACGUCUCCCACAACAAACGUAGUUAUAUUAAAUAUUAAUCUUAAGCCACAGACUGUUCAUAUUUUAACCAAAGAAAAACAAGUUUCGGCGGAUAAAAGAUACGAAAUUGAAUGUAGAACAUCGGGAUCACGCCCGGAAGCUGUGAUUACGUGGUGGAAAGGCAGUAGGCCUAUCAAACGGUUAGCUAAAAAUUUUUCAGAAAUGAACAAUCAGAGUUUAAGUAUUUUGACUUUUGUACCUGUGAUCGAUGACGACGGCAAAUACUUGACCUGUCGUGCAGAAAACCCGUCCAUCUCUGACAGUGCCCUCGAGGACAAGUGGAGACUUAACGUCCACUAUAUGCCUGUCGUAAUGCUCAAAAUGGGAUCAAGUCUGAAUCCAGAAGAUAUUAAAGAAGGCGACGAUGUUUACUUUGAAUGUAACAUUCGCUCGAAUCCUAAAGCCUACAAACUUUCCUGGUUUCACAACGGCGCGGAGAUUCAUCACAACGUUUCGGCGGGGGUGAUAUUAAGCGAUCAAAGUUUGGUUCUUCAAAGUGUAACUCGAGCGACGGCGGGGGAGUUCACGUGUAUGGCUGCAAAUGCGGAAGGAAGAGGAACAAGUAAUCCCGUAACUCUUAUUGUAAGAUAUGCCCCCAUAUGCAUUCAGGAGAGAGAAGAAUUAUUUGGUGCGUUGAAACAAGAGACCGUAAUGUUAAAGUGUCAAGUGGAUGCUAACCCCGCCAUAGUGACCUUCCACUGGACUUUUAACAACUCUGGGGAUUUGACCGAGGUUCCGGCCAGCAGGUUCACUAGUGAACUUACCACCUCCAGACUUAACUACACCCCCGUGUCUGAUAUGGAAUAUGGCACUCUUUCGUGUUGGGGUGACAAUGAGGUCGGAUACCAACGCAAUCCGUGCGUCUUCCAAAUAGUUGCGGCAGGACGACCCUUUCCGUUAUUGAAUUGUACAGUGAUGAACCAAACAUCGGAUUCCCUACAGGUUGAGUGCAUAGAAAGCUUUGAUGGAGGAUUACCGCAAAGCUUUCUUAUGGAGAUCCUGGAGCUGCCAUCAUUAGAAUUGAGGCUCAACGCAACAACGUAUAAAACUCCACCGAUUUUCUACGCGGAAGGGCUCGAACCGGGCAUUAGUUACCGGAUUUUGCUGUAUGCGAUCAACGCGAAAGGACGAAGCGAUCCGACUGUUAUUGAUGCUAUAACAUUUAAGGGAGUUGCCAAGUACACAGGUCCAUCGACGGCCAUUCCCGUUAGCCCAUUAUUCUUAGGAUUAUUAGGUGCGGCUGGAGUACUUGCUGCCGGUGUAUGCCUAGUGCUCGCCGCACUAUGCAGAAGGCACUACAGUAGACCGUGUCUUCGCGCCGACAGUAACACAAAGCACGUUCCCAUGGAAGCUGUAAUUGCGGCUGAUGACCUCAUCAUCGACGGUUCCGUGACAGGUGUUCGAAGUCCUACAACUCCCGACACCGCACUUACUGAGUCAAUCAGAAAUGGAACGUCCGUCGAAGACACUGAUCCCGAUAUUAUUAGAAACCAAUACGAAAGACGAUCUGGGCUCGGAUUUACAAAGAUUUAUCAAUUGCCCAAUACACGAGAAGAUGAAGACAACGAGGAGGAAGUUGAAGACUAUGAUUUCAAACACGUUGCCAAAGAUACUCACAUUCCAAAUCAAACCGUAUAUCGAAGUUUACAACGACCGACGCGGAAUGCAUUACCAGGAAUUCAGGGUUCCCAAACGCUAACGCACAAGUACAGGGGACCGGAAGUUGUUACAACUUCCAACCGCAUACAAGAAAGUUGCAUAUAAAUGUCUUGUUUUUAUUAUGUAUUAUGUUGAUGUAAUUUCAAAUAAUAAAAUCGAAAUAAAUUUGU